CUUUGCAAAAGAAAAAAGAACAAAUCACAAAUCCCUCUGUAUUUUAUAGAGUUAGUAUGAGUGAGUGUGUGUUGGUUUAGUUGCGUUAAAUGAUCAGAGCAAAUCCCGGCCGUAGUAAAGACGACGACGUGUUCAGGCCAUAUUCUUCCAAAUUCCACUGGGCCUUUGAAGUAUAUAUAAAGUUAUUAGCCAAAUUAAGAAUGGUAUAAAGAAAAAUUAAGUUGAAGAAAGUAUGAGAGGGUUGUUGUAUUUAGGUGGGAAACAAGAGGAAGAUGAAGAAGAAAUUCUAAGAUCAGGAAGAGAACAACAAUUGUUUUUGUAUAGUAGUACAAACAAUCAUAAUAAUGAAGAGAUCUACUCCAAGGGAUUGGAGAUUUGGCCUCAACAAAAUGUGGAGAACUACAUUUCCUUUGGAGUUGUGGGUCCUACUAGGAAGAACUUGAUCAUCAACGCCUCCGAUCAUGAGUUGGUUUCGAGAUUAGGGUUUUCGAUGAUGAGAGGAGGAGGAGGAGGUAGUGGUGGUGGGAUGAAUUGUCAAGAUUGUGGGAAUCAAGCAAAGAAAGAUUGUUCUCAUUUGAGGUGUAGGACUUGUUGUAAGAGUCGAGGGUUUCAAUGCCAAACCCAUGUUAAGAGUACUUGGGUUCCGGCUGCUAAGCGACGGGAACGACAACAACAACGUCAUCAGAUUUUUCAGAAUCAUCGUCGACAACAAUCUCAAGCAAAUCAAUCAGAUCAGACCACUCUCAAAAGAUAUGGAGAAAAUCAGCCACUUCUUGCAACUCCUACUGUUACUUCAGGGUUAGAAGUUGCACAUUUUCCAGCUGAAUUCAAUUCCCCAGCUAAUUUCCGGUGUGUAAAAGUCAGUGCCAUUGACAACGUUGAAGAAAAAUUAGCUUAUCAAACAUCUGUGAACAUUGGUGGCCAUAUGUUCAAAGGCAUUCUUUACGACCACGGUCCCGAAACCAGUCAAAAUAUGAGUAUCGAUAUUGGUGGCGAGAGCUCAUCAUACUGCCACGGGGGAGAAGACGACAGUCAACCGCUCGAUCUCGUGAUUGGAGCAUCCAACGGCAGCGGGAGAGUUAGUCAAUCAUCAUCAUCUGCCCCAUUUGUGGAGUCUUCACUAUAUCCUAUCCCAAUCAACAACACAUACAACAACAACACCGGUACGCAAUUUUUUCCAUCCACAAGAGCCUAAGAAAAAUGGGGAUUCAUAAACUAGAAAAAAAAAAAAAAAAAACUCCUCCAUUUUAAUGAUGUGUGUUGGAUGCAUGAAGACAAUAAAAUAAGAUCAUGAUGUUAUUUUAAUUAAGUUAAUGUAUGAGUAUACGAUGAUGAUGAUGAUAACUAGAUUGAAUUUCUAUCCAUCCCC